CCGCCUCCUGCCUGCCAUAUAAGCGCUCAGCGCGGCGAACAGCAGUGCACUGUGUCCCUCGGACACAGCGGAUCACCGAUCCACGGAAAGAGCCGAAGAUGUCGGCUUGGUCAUGUGAUCAGCUGUUUCCAAUCACAGCUGAUCACAUGUAAACAGGGAAAUGCCGGUUAUCGGCAUUUCUCUCCCACGAGCUGCAACGCUGACAGCUCAGCACUGAUGAUCAGUCCCCGGCAUCGCCACCUGUCAGUGUCCAUUAGUACCAGCUCUCAGUGCUCAUCCAUGCCACCUGCCAGUGCCCAUCAGUGCCACAUCAAUGCCACAUAUCAGUUCCCAUCAGUGCCACAUCAAUGCUACAUAUCAGUGCCCAUCUGAGCUGCCUUUCAGUGUCACCCAUCAGUGCCAGUCAGUGCCACCUAUCAAUGCCAGUCAGUGCCACCUAUCAGUGCUGCCAGUCAGUGCUGCCUAUCAGUGCCAGUCAGUGCCACCUAUCAGUGCGAGUCAGUGCCACCUAUCAGUGUGCAUCAGUGCCGCCUAUCAGUGCCCGUCAGUGCUGCGUAUAAGUGCCACCUA